AUGGCUACAACAGCUCUGACUGGAUUCUCCGUAAUGAGUCUUCUCAGCCUCGGAUACCUGACCUGGGAUUUUAAUGGUCCCAAUCAGGUGGAAAAUGAGCCAGAUCAGACUUUUGGCGGGGGAUCUCUUGGUCCAAAGCCUCCUCACAUAAUCUUCAUAAUGACAGAUGAUCAGGGAUUCAACGACAUAGGCUAUCACAGCUCAGAUAUAAAGACGCCGGUGCUGGAUAAGAUGGCUGCUGAUGGGGUGAAGCUGGAGAAUUAUUACAUCCAGCCCAUCUGCACUCCAUCCCGAAGCCAACUCAUCACUGGGAGGUACCAGAUUCACACAGGCCUUCAGCACUCAAUCAUCCGACCCCGCCAGCCCAACUGUCUACCCUUCCACCAUGUCACCCUGCCUCAGAGGCUGCAGGAGCUUGGCUACUCCACCCACAUGGUGGGCAAGUGGCACUUGGGCUUUUACAAGAAAGAGUGCCUGCCAACACGACGUGGCUUUGACACAUAUUUUGGCUCCUUGACCGGUAGUGUCAAUUACUACACCUACAAGUCCUGUGAUGGUCCGAGGCAAUGUGGUUUUGACCUCCACGAAGAUGAGACAGUAGCCUGGGGUCAGAAAGGAAAAUACUCCACCCAUUUGUACACACAGAGGGUCCGCAAAAUCCUGGCAAGCCAUGAUUCCCACUCUCAGCCACUCUUUAUCUACCUUUCCUUUCAAGCUGUUCACACACCAUUACAGUCCCCGCGGGAGUACAUCUAUCCGUACCGAGGGCUUGGCAAUGUGGCCCGCAGGAAGUACGCUGCCAUGGUCUCUGUGGUGGACGAGGCGGUUCGGAAUAUAACAUAUGCCCUCCGUAAGUAUGGCUACUAUCAAAACAGCGUCAUCAUCUUUUCUACGGACAAUGGCGGACAACCAAUGUCUGGUGGAAAUAAUUGGCCACUACGCGGGCGUAAAGGCACCUACUGGGAAGGUGGAGUCCGAGGCUUGGGAUUUGUCCACAGUCCUCUGCUGAGGAAGAAGAGGAGGGUGAGUAAAGCCCUGGUGCACAUCACUGACUGGUACCCCACACUGGUAGGCUUGGCAGGUGGGAAUGAGUCUCUUACUAAGGGGGUGGAUGGAUAUGAUGUUUGGGAAGCCAUCAGUGAGGGGAAGGAGUCUCCCAGAUUAGAGAUCCUGCACAACAUUGACCCUCUCUAUAACCACGCUCGCAGUGGCUCCCUGCAGAAGGGAUAUGGGAUUUGGAAUACAGCUGUGCAGGCUUCCAUCCGAGCUGGGGACUGGAAAUUGCUCACAGGAGAUCCUGGUUACGGAGACUGGACCCCACCCCAGAUGCUUCCGAGCUUCCCUGGCAGCUGGUGGAACCUCGAGAGGCACACUGAACCCAGGAAAUCGAUAUGGCUUUUCAACAUCUCUGGAGACCCCUAUGAACGUUUUGACCUCUCUGAGCAGAGACCAGAUAUUGUCAAAGAGUUGCUGGCAAGAUUGGUGUACUACAACCGCACCGCCGUCCCAGUACGAUACCCAUCAGAAGACCAUCGGGCUGACCCUAGCCUCAAUGGUGGUGCCUGGGUUCCCUGGCUGGGAGACGAAGAAGAGGACAGCUGGGGCUCCUUUUAUCCAAAGAAGAAUACAGACUGGAAGAAGAAGCUUCAACUGUCUCAUAGCAGGUCAUUUUUCAGGAGACUCAACACGAGAAUCAUGUCGAAUAGGAUAUGA